GUACCUGGUAGAUCCAUUCAUCCAUCAGUGGCGCGGCUACGAUGAUCCGGCGAACCUGCAAGAUAACGAUCACCAGCUCAUCUUCGAGGAUCUUCGAAAUCGCCUGGAGCCCUUCGAAGGUCGCUACGUUCUGGUGCGCGACUUCUCGCAUUCUUUCGCAGAGGUUUACAAACGCGGAGAUCAGACACCGGCUGUUGCCACGUUUAUCUACGUGGAUGCAAACCACGCAGAGGAAGCGGUCUCCAGGGACCUGGAGCUCUGGUGGCCGAUCCUCGCCUCAGGAGGGCUCCUGGGAGGUAGCACCUACAUGGAUGACCCAGGCAGACACAUCCAAGUACGAAGCGCUGUGGACAAGUUUGCUGCCCGGCAGCAGCUGCAGGUCAUCACCACCACGGAUGACAUGCCAGCAUCGUGGUUCAUUGUGAAGCCGUGA